AGGCACACCACUGUACAAAAUAGACGCACGUUUUUUCGUAUUAAGUAACGUAGAAUCAGUAACAAUUUUACGUAGAAAUAACGCGAAAAAAUUCAUACCACAAUGCCGCGCCAAUCAACAUAUUGGGGAAAAUUUGUAUUCGUAUAUAUUUUACAUUUAUUUUCAUAUGCAACUUCCUCUUCAAUGCAGAUGCAAGUUCCGGUGCAUGUACGACUGAUAGCACCGCGCUACGUAACGUACAACAGUACGGCCACUAUGCACUGCAAUCAUAGCGUCCCCGACGAGUUCUUGCAUAAAGUCGAGUUCAUGAAGGAUGACAAGAGGAUAUUACAAUACAUAAAGGACAGAAAACCGCCGUUCCACAGGGGCGAGGUUGAAGGCGCAAGCAUGGAGCAUUUCGAAAAUGGCACGACAAUCAAAUUAAAGAACUUACGUUUCGAGGCGUCCGGCUCGUAUCACUGUUUGGUUACGAUGACGACUCCUAUUUAUACCGAACACUCGGAAAGCGUUCCAAUGAAAGUUAUAGUACCACAGACUGAAAACCCGAAAAUUACGUUCAAGAAAAACUCGUACAUCGUAGGUGAAAGUUUAGAAGCGAAUUGCACUUCCUCGGCUGCACAUCCAGUUCCUCAUUUGACUUGGUAUAUAAACGGGAAGGAGGUGGAUAUCAGUCUGGUAAAUCACUAUCCUCACACACACCACAAAAACCAACUGAUGUCUGCUACUGCGAAGCUGGUGAUAGAAGUUUCCGCGUUGCAUACAGGAAAAAACGGUAAUUUGGAAAUAAGCUGUCAUUCGACCAUCCCAGAUUACGCAGUGCAGUAUGCCGAUAUAAAGAAGGAAUCGGUCACAGUGAAAAUUAUGUCGAUGGUCGAAUCCUCAGCACCAAAUAUCGCGUGGGGAUGGCCCCUAGCUACGUUACUGUGUAUACUCUGCGCGAUGCACAAGAUCAUUCCUUAAUAAAAGUCAAUUGCUAUAGGAUAAUUAAACGAAAGAAAAAAAAAAAAAAGAAACUAAAGAAAGAAGAAAAAUUACAGGAAAAAAAAAAGAAAAAAAAAAGAUGUGUAAUAUACGUAAACGAGAAGAAGAAUACAAAUACAAGUGGAAAAAAAAAGGGAGAACUUGUGGGAAGGGGGGAAUAUAUAUUAUAUACAUACAUAUAUAUAUUAAUGAACGAACAAUCACAAUGUCUUCCUUGAUUAUACCGAAAUACACGGGGGCAGCGAUUUUAUUGUCUUGCAGAAAUUUUAUAAACUCAUAUAGACGCGGCUUCUUCGUGCAACUAUUUUCGAUUGUCGCUUGUAUCGAUCGUUAUCUAUUUCGCGAAAAUAUUGUCGAAUCCGGAGGGAGAAUUCCGUUCGUUUUUCUGGUCAUUUCGACUCGCACAAGUUCGAAAGAAUAUGACCAUCGAAACGACGAUAGAAGAAAAAAAGUAAAACAAAAAAGAAAAAAAAUAAAAAGAGAAAAAAGAUAUCGUAGUAAUAAAUAGUAAUUCGCCGGUUAACAGUAAUUUUUUUCUAAAAAGGAAAAUACAAAAAAAAAAAAAGAUAUAUAGGUUACAUACACGGGCGCAUUUUUCUUCUUUAUCUUCUCAUAAUAUCGACCGCAAGAUUAACUCGUUCAUCAUUAUUCUAUAUUUCUAUACUUACUGGAUUUUAAAUCUUUUAAAUAUGUUGACACUAUAUAUAGAAUAUUUUAUUCGCUCGUACUCGAGAAGAAUUUAUUAUAUUCCUGAAAAUAUAUAUAUAAAGUAUCGUUUUUAUUCAUAGUUUAAAGAAUUAUAUAUCUAUCGCUUUUAGUAUAGUAUUUAGUAUAUUACAUACUUAUCGAUAUUGGUAAUUGUGAUGCUAGAGACCUCUAGGUAAUUUCGAAGAGAUCUCGAGCAUUUCAAUGGACACACGUUCAUUCGAUAAGUGUAUUAUAAUAAUCGGAGACCGUGUAAUGAAUGUCAAUUCGUAAAUCGAAUUUCUUGCUCGAAAUUAAGAAGUGUAAAAGUAUAGGUAUUGUUUCAAAUGAAUAUUAAUCUUAUCUUUUG